UCCGCUGCUGCCAUCUCAUUUUGGCCAGCUGUUUGUAAACGCCGCGCUUGUUGCCAACUUCCCGUCAGUCAUUUUGUUCGGUGGCUGAUAUUUCACGGUCGACGAUAUCGGGAGAAAUCUUUGUCAUCGGUGGAUUAUUUUUAAAGUGACACUAUGAGUUCUGGAAUGCCUGAAUUAGGCUCCAAGAUAAGCCUAAUAUCGAAAGCAGAUAUUCGGUACGAAGGGAGACUUUUUACCGUUGAUCCUCAGGAAUGUACCAUCGCUUUGGCUAGCGUGCGAUCAUUCGGUACUGAGGACCGCGAGACACAGUACCCGGUAGCACCUCAAAGCCAAGUGUACGAUUACAUCUUGUUCCGUGGCUCUGACAUCAAAGACAUCCGGGUGCUCAACAAUGUCCCCUCUCUGCCCAACGAUCCUGCCAUUAUGCAGAUGUCAGUGCCCCCAUCGCUCGGUGGAGGCGCACCUCCCCCGGGGCAGUACGCUGGACAGUUCAACCAUCCGGUUGUUGGACAGACACAAUACCCGCAGUACCACCCAAUGGCUGGUUUCCCCGGAAGUGUGCAUGCCCAACUCAACAAGACCAGUGAGUUGUCUCCGCAAACCUCAGUGGAGCUGGCGAUACAGCCUCAACCCACGACCGCUCCGAUCGGAUCUGGAGUGGUACACCACUUAAACCAAGUGAAAGACCAAGGCUCAAUGCUGGAUCUUAUUGGAGGAGGCUCUCAACAGAGUGCAUCGAGGUCUGGUACUCCUGCUGUUGGACACAGGAAGAGCCCUACGGCUGAUCAAGGCACUCAGCAGGUGGGCUCCGUCGCCAGUGGCUCCGGGCAGCAGCGCGACAGCCGACGCGGCAGCAACUCUGGCCAGAAGCCGCAGCAGAGCCGCAAUCGGACCAACUCGCGGAACCGCACGCGUUAUCCCAGCGGCGGCGCGCAGCAGCAGCCGCAGCAGCAGCAGCAGCAUCAGCAGCAGCAGAGCUCGCAGCAGCACCACCACCACCAGCAGCAUCAGGGCGAGACGUCGAAUUAUCACCAUCAGGGUGACUUCGACUUCGUUCGCGUGAACCACCCCACGCGCUAUCCCAGCGGCGGCGCGCAGCAGCAACCGCAGCAACAGCAGCAGCAUCAGCAGCACCAGCAGCAGCAGCAUCAGCAGCCUCAAAGCUCGCAGCAGCACCACCACCACCAGCAGCAUCAGGGCGAGACGUCGAAUUAUCACCAUCAGGGUGGGCAAGGCUACAACCGCGGCGGCUGGCGAGGCAGGCCGCGCGGGCGCGGUCGCGGCUUCGUUCCCCGCAACAAGAAUACGCUCAAGUUCGACAACGACUACGACUUCGAGCAGGCCAAUACUGAGUUCCAGGAGCUGCGCAAUCAGCUCGCCAAGACCAAGAUCAGCGAUGCGGAGGUCAAGCCUGAGGUUACGCCUGUUGGAGAGGUGGACAAAAAGGACGAUUCCGGCAACGAGACGGGCGCGGGUGAAGCGGAGGUAGACGAGAAUGAUAGCGGCUUCAUGGGCUAUGAUAAGAACAAGAGCUUCUUCGACAACAUCUCUUGCGAAGCUGUUGAGAGAUCAAAGGGCCGCAGCCAGCGGACGGACUGGCGAACGGAGCGCAAGCUCAACUCGGAAACGUUCGGCGUGGCAAGCGCCCGCCGCGGCGCCUGGCGCGGCCGCGCCGGAUGGCGGCACCACAACCCGCACAACCCGCAUAACAUGCACAAUAUGCAUAGCAUGCACAAUAUGCACAAUCAGCACUACAACCAGCAUCAGCCCAAAGUAAAAGAGAAAUGCGACGCCGAGUAUACAAUGAAUCUUAAUUUAUUAUCGCGAGGACUAAUCAGGAGAGCAAACGUAACGGAAAAGUGUAACUUGGUGAUUGAUUGUUUAGCGUUGUCCCUCUGCCAGGCGGCCUCGUACUCGGAAGACAUGAGCUGCUUGCGGAUCUCCUUGACCAGGCCCGUGUCGGUGAGCCCCGGGCACAGCACCAUACUUCUCACGCCUGUCAAGUUCACGUGGUACUGGUCCUCUUGGAAUACUAUUUCCUCGUUCCGAACAUUGAGUUCGUCAUCCCUCAGGAUGUCUUCGAGCUCAUCGUACGCAAAAGUAAUACCUUGCAAAUUUAAAUAUUCCAAGACAGUUAUGCGGUCUCAGCUCUUGCAGCAGAAAUUGGCAACACAGCUGUAUGACUCCGACAACAUCAAAUUGAUCCGCUCUCUUUUUCAUCCGGUUGUCAAGAUGGGUAUCGACAUCAACCAUAAACACGACAGGAAAGUUCGGCGCACCGAAGUAAAAUCUCAGGAUGUGUACCUGAGGUUGCUCGUAAAAUUGUACAGAUACUUGGCCAGGCGUACGAACUCUAAGUUCAACCAGAUCGUCCUGCGCCGUCUGUUUAUGAGCCGCAUCAACCGGCCACCGAUCUCGCUGUCGCGCCUGGCCCGUCACAUGAAGAAGCCAACGCGCGAGGGUCUGAUCGCCGUCGUCGUCGGCACAGUGACCAAUGAUGUGAGGUUAUACACCGUUCCCAAGAUGACCGUGGCCGCCCUCCAUGUCACAGAGAAGGCGCGCGCCCGUAUCUUGGCUGCUGGAGGAGAAAUCUUAACCUUCGACCAGCUGGCUCUCCGUGCCCCCACCGGCCGCAAGACAGUCCUAGUGCAGGGUCAACGCAACGCUCGCGAGGCCGUGCGCCACUUCGGGCCCGCGCCUGGGGCGCCGCGUUCUCACACGAAGCCCUACGUGCGCUCCAAGGGACACGAGCGCGCAAGACCCAGCCGCCGCUCCAACGUGUAAUCUUUAAUAUAAGGACUACAAAAUUA